AGGUUGUGGUGGUUGUUGGUUACCCCCGUCCAGUCGCGUUCAGCGGAAUCGGCUUCCCUGAGAAUUUGUAGAGUCUGGGACGGGAGCGAAAUACGCGACAGUCAGACUGCAGCGGAAAGUGAACCGGGAUCGCAGCUGGCGCGGCUUGCCGGAGAGGGACCGGCCCGCGCGAUCCGCUCCCUGCCCCGGUGAAUGUACUAAAGACGCCGAGGGGCGCUGCGGAAGUGGUUUUGUCUGGGCCAGAUGGAGCCCCGACUCGAGCAGGUGGAUCCCGUGGCUACGAAAGGGGACGAUGUAAACACGGAAGUCGCCAGGCCUGAAAUCUGCCAAGCCCCUCUGGGGCUAGAGGGGGACACUGCUGGCGUGGGGGAUGGAGCCCAGGCUGCAGCAGGGCAAGGCAGCAUCCUGAAUGGGCAGGAGCCAGGGAGCCCAAAGGGGACUGGGGUAACGCACAGCGAGGAGGCUCCGUCUGGGCAGGGCAGCUCGAGCUGCCAGCAGGCCGCAGACCGGGAGCAUGAGGACACCCCAAGGAAGGAUCCGUCCCCGAGAGCAGGGCCCAGUGAUGAAGCCAGGCAGCUGGAGCGUGGGGAGCCAGAGGGAAGAGCGGACCCCAAGGAGAAGCAGCCUCCUCUGAGCGGGAGCAUCCAAACGGGAGGAGUCGCCUCCCCGCCGGACGACCCCGUCUCCAGCCUCAGCCCAGGCGCCGCAGAGCCCGAGCCUGACUUCUAUUGCGUGAAGUGGAUCAGCUGGAAAGGGGAGAGGACACCCAUCAUCACCCAGUGUGAGAACGGGCCCUGCCCGCUCCUGGCCAUCAUGAACAUCCUGUUCCUGCAGUGGAAGGUGAAGCUCUCCCCCCAGAAGGAAGUGAUCACGUCGGACGAGUUGAUGGCGCAUCUCGGCGACUGCAUCUUGUCCAUCAAACCCCAAGAGAAUUCAGAAGGGCUGCAGCUCAACUUCCAGCAGAACGUCAACGAUGCAAUGAUGGUCCUGCCCAAACUGUCCACGGGGCUUGACGUGAACGUGAGGUUCACGGGCGUCUCCGACUUCGAGUACACCCCGGAGUGCAUUGUCUUUGAUCUCCUGAACGUCCCGCUGUACCACGGCUGGUUGGUGGACCCACAGAGCCCGGACGCUGCCCAGGCCGUCGGCAAGCUGAGCUACAACCAGCUGGUGGAGAAGAUCAUCACCUGCAAGCACUCGAGUGACCCCAACCUGGUGACCGAAGGCCUGAUCGCCGAGCAGUUCCUGGAGUCCACGGCCACCCAGCUGACCUACCACGGGCUGUGCGAGCUCACGGCCGCGGUCAAAGAGGGGGAGCUGAGCGUUUUCUUCAGAAACAACCACUUCAGCACCAUGAUCAAGCACCAGGGCCACCUGUAUCUGCUGGUCACGGACCAGGGCUUCCUGCAGGAGGAGAAGGUGACCUGGGAGAGCCUGCACAACGUGGAUGGGGACAGCUGCUUCUGUGACGCCGAGUUCCACCUGAGCCACACCCUGGGGAAGGAGGCGGCCGGCAGCUCCCCCCAGGAGCAGAGGCAGGUGGACCAGGACUACAUGAUAGCCCUGUCCUUGCAGCAACAGCAGCAGGGCCCCUCUGCCCUGAGCGACCUAGAGCUUGCGCGCCAGCUGCAGCAGGAGGAAUACCAGCGGCAGCAGCAGCCAGCGACGCCUCCUGCACAGGGGAGAGCUCAGCCGCCCGGCCGGCCGGCCGGGGAACGCAGGCAGAGACACAAGCAGGAGUCGGACUGCGUCCUCCUCUAGAGCCGCUCGCCCCCUGCCUGCUGCUUUCGGACCCCUCGCCCUCCCACGGUCCUGCCGCGUCACCAUAAAGACUCCCAGACAACAGCCUCUGCGGGGCUCGCCUCGCCUCCGGUUCCCCCGCCCGCCGCCCUCCCCAGCACGGGACCCGCUUCCCUAAGAACUCAGUCCUGGGGGUGAAACCGCGGGCCGUGCUGCUGGCCUGUCCCCGGCCCCUGGCCUGGUAUCGCAGCGCGUAGGGGCCGGGAGGGACCUUGCAGGGCAGAGUCCAGCUGGGCUGUGCAUCGGCUGCAGUUUCUCCUCCCCCCCGACGCCCUCAGCUGUACCUCGUACUUCUGAGCUCUCACCAAAGAUGCCGAGUGUUCUCCUCUCCCAGCUCACACCCUCUGAGCUGCCUCCCUGCAGAGCUCUGUGGUGGAGGCAGAGAGUUCAGUGAUCAGAGCCCGGACUCCUGGGUUCCAUUCCCAGCUCUGGGAGUGGAGUCGGGUCUAGUGCUUAGAGCAGGUUGGGGCUGGGAGCCAGGAUUCCUGGGUUCUAGUCCCAGCUCUGGGAGGGAAGGGGGAUCAGUGCUUAGAGCAGGGUGGGGGUGGGAGCCAGGACUCCUGGGUUCCAUUCCCAGCUCUCACCCUGACUUGCUGUGGGAUGCUGGGGCAAGUUGCUUCUCCCCUCCCCCCCCCCUUUUCUCCAUUUCUCCAUCUGAUAAAGCAGGGGGCGGAGGGGAGAAAAGGGGGUGACGGUACCGGUGCACCCACCCCAUCUUCAGAUGCUUUGGAAUCCACAGAGAGAAGCAGCUGUGAUGCUGUGAAAACACAGAGGCUUAUUUAACAGGGACGAAGCGGCAGCUGCCAGCCUCCCUCGGGCGGGGGCAGCUAACCCACCGAGCGUGCCAGGCAGCUGCCCGGUGCCUCUCGUGAAUUCAGGGCAGGCUCUCUGGGGCAGGGGCAGCACUUACAAAGGUGUGUCCCUCUCCUGCCGCAGGUGCAAGGAAUGCUCUGCACGGCCUUGGCGCAGACAGGAGGAUGCAGAAGGGCCCCCAGGGUGCUAGCCAAUGAGUUGCUGCCUCCUUGUUUCGAUUUUCAUGGCAGGGCGAGCACAGACUCUGGACAAGCACAUUCUCCCCCCCCCCCCCCCUCCUAUCAAUCCCAUCUAGUCUCCCCUUGGGCGGGCCCGAUCCUGCACUCAGCGGUGCCGCUGGGAAUUCUGCGGGCAAGGCCGUCGGCUCUAAUUAACUAAGGCAGCGAGUGGAUCUGUGGCAGGGGAGGGGAAUCUGUCGGGUCUCUGUCCAGCCCAAUGAUGCGAUCCGAGCUGCAGGAAGCACAUUUUCAGGGUGCAUUGAAAUAAUCGCAGAGUAAAGCGCUCAGAGCCUAGGAGCCAGGGGGAGGGUUUGGAUGUAAAUUCCCUGCUGGGACAAAGCUUUCCCUUAGGCCCUGGCAGCGUCCUCCCUCCAGCAGGGAGGGUUUAAACCAGGCCCUGUGGAACACAGCCCGAGGAGGGACGGUGGGUCAUUGCCUGGGCCAAACCUCGUUGGCAUCAGUAGCCACCUAGCUGGGUCGGGGGGGUACUCGGAGCCCCUUCUGGUUGCAAGACGCUGAGUGACACGGGACGCUCCUGGUCUAGCAGCAGCCAGCAGCACUUCCAGCUCGAGUAGGGGAGAGCGCGGUUACCCCGGCUCCCAGGUGACUGCACGCUGGAUCCCAGCGCCUACCAGGGAGGAGGAGAAUUGACCGAGAUGCUUGUGGCCAUUCCAGCAGGUCAGCAGUGGCUGAGCCCACAAAAAUGGCUGAUAUCCCACAAGAAGCAUCUCUUGUUCCCGUCCUUUUCUGGUUCUGCCCGAUCCCUCGUCCUCCUCUAGACAGCCUCCUCCCCAGAAAAGCUGCAGUGGGGAGGGGCACGUUUAGGAAAAGGGAGCAGGGUGGCUACCACGUGUUAGUCAACCCUGCCCCGCUCCUCAGCCUGUGACGUCCCCCACCUCCACCCUGUGGAUUGAAUGGGAUCAGGAUCAAACCUUGAGGAUACUAACGAACCUUCUGCGGUGGGCGCCUGGGCUCUGGCACCAAGCUCUGACACUCUCGGGCUCGAUGAGUUUUACUCUUUCUUUUCUACUCUCCGUUAUUUGUAACACUGCCUUAGACAUUUGGAAAUAAAAGUGUCUUUCCCUA